UUCAGGUCUUGGACAGGAUCUGUUCAAGAUGGAAAGAAGCAGGCAGUCAGCAAGGGAGUGCAGGGCCAGGAAGAAACUGCGUUACCAAUACCUUGAAGAACUUGUGUCUGGCCGAGAACGUGCAAUAGCUGCUUUAAGAAAUGAAUUAGACUUGUACCGAAAAUUUGCCAAGGAAAUCGAUGAAGGCAGAAUGCCAGAAGGAAUGACUGAACUGAUUCAGAAAACCCAUGCACCCGAUGACGCCCUCAAAUUCAUGGGGAGAAUUCGGCUUGGAGCUGAUUAAGGUACCAUACGUUACUUGAGAAAACGAAAUUGGAUUUUUUUUUUUUUCAUGCAAAGAAUCUUUAAUUCUUAGGUUAAUUUUUUGCGUUGCGUUUUAUUCAAUUGUUUUUCUUAAAAAUCGAUGUUGGGGUGUUUUCAUUUUCGAUCGGAAAUCGUGAAAAUCAAAU